AUCAUUGUUUUCGGAAGCUUGCAUUCUGAGCAGUGCCAGACCCGCGAGGAAAGACUGUUCUCUCUAGAGGGAAACUUGCCUGAGAUCCCAACGAGGAGUGCCUUUGAUAGAUCUGGUUCUUAUGUAGCUGCUGAAAUUUAUUCUUUCCCUGGAAGCUCAAAGGCUUCUGGAUAUCUGUCCGGAUGGACUGCCGCCUAAAGGGGCCCUGAUUUGAAUAUUGAUUGUGGAACCGCACUGAUUUGUGAAGCCUUGAUUUCUAUGAGUUCUCUGAACAUUCAAGGAAAAAUCCUGAGGUCUAGAGGAAUUACCUCGAGGAUGCCAUGGCCUAUCUAACCUCGUGCUUGGUCUUGAUUCGUGUCCUCCAUGAAUAUAAUUUGCAGGGCCCUCCAUUUUAGGUUAGCUUAACUCACCCUUUCUCCUAAUCUCUGCAGCCAGAAACAGGGGAGCAACCUGAAAAAUGAGAAAAUGCAUGGACUGCUACAGAAGCUUCAGAUUCUCUAAGUUCGUCCUGCAAAAAUUAUUUCCAGCAGCUCUGAGAGCGCUAUCUUGUAAAUUUAGACUCUAUUGUUGAACACAAACACAUGAGUGAAAUUGUUUUUGAAUUCCUAAAUAUUUUCUUUCAAAAUUCCCUAAUCCAUCAUAUAUAUAUAUGAAAUUGUAUAUACAGAACUAAUAUACAGAAUUAUGAGGCUUCUUUUCAUCUUCAUGCACAUUCAAUCAUGGGCUUGCUACUAUGAUUUCCCUGAUUUUAGUGAUAUUGCAUGCAAGAUCAGCAACAGAAAAGAUAGGUGUUCGAAUCGCUUCACCAGCGAAGUACAGUUCAAAUUGCUUACACACAACGAAAUUGAAAGGGUUACAGAGACAAGCUAUGGUGAAGGAUUUGAGUUUGAAAUCGAGGGAUGCAAGCGCCCGUCUUAUGUUGAGGAAGGAGCAUGGGAGGCACAAGUUUGGUGAGGUUGUGGGCGGUACCAUUGCUGAUUGCGGCGCAGUUGUUUGUUGCCCCUGCGCUCUGUUGAGUUUGGUUGUUGUGAAGUUGCUUGUAGGUCUCUCCAGAAAGGCUUGGAGAAAGAUCAGAGGGAAGAGGAAAUCAGUGCAAGGAGAAGAACUUUUUUUUGAAGAUCCUGUGACAUCUUCUCAGUAUGAAUUGUUGACUCCCAAACACUCUGUAAAUGUUCUGGUCAUGGAUCAUAAUUUUGUCAGUACUGAGAAAAUUUGGGAGAAUGUUGCUGGAAAGAGUCAUGUGGGCUUUUGGAGAAAUGAUUUUUAAACGGAGUGGAGGCCCUGAAUCUGGUUCGAAGUCUCUUCAAGGAAAAAAGUUCAGUACAGAGAGCCCGUGAGGGUUUCUUCUUACCAAACUUUUGAUGAUGAUGAUGAUGACCAUAUGACGAUGACAAUUCUUUCAAAAUCUUAAUGAUCUUUUGAUUCCUGUUGGAGGAAUUCUAUCUCACAAUGUUAAAAGUGAAUGCAUAUAGCGGAGGUAGUUUGUAUUAAGACUGUUACACUUCUGAUCUACCGUUGUGAGAAUAUGUAAACUGGGAUGGUUCUGUGAAUUGAGGAUGGCUAAUAUUACAGAAGAGUGGGGUUUAUCUUUGGUUCUGACCAAGCUAGGAAAACUAAGAAUCCAUUCACAACAAAAGAAUGGCAGGGAUUCAUUGUCUAAGCUCUACAAGCGGAACAGGCUAAUCAAGAGCCAGAGUCGCAUAGAUGUCACACGGAAUUACAGGAUUCAGGUUUGAAAAAGAAUUGUCUCUGGAAUUGACGUCUAUGUGGAGCUCAGCUCUAAGUUAAGGAGUUUUCUCUGAGUUAAGUGUGAUAAACCAGUACCACUAUUUUUAAUUUUUUCCCUUCUAAUCAUUUCACUAUAUUUCAAGAACUAUUUUAAUCAACCAAGUAAUAUCUAUUCAAUUUAGAA